AUGGCGUCCACAGUCUGUGAAGGAUGGCUGCUCAAGAAACGCAGGAAGAAGAUGCAAGGCUUUGCACGCCGCUUCUUCACCCUCCACACCUCAGGCGUCCUUUCCUACUCGUUUGGGCCAGGUCAGCCAGUUCGUGACCAGCUCUGGGUUCAGACAGCAGCCAUAUCUACAGCAGUAGGCCGCAAGGAUAUCCAUAUCGACUCCAGCAAUGCAACAUUCCACAUCAAGUGCCUCAGCACCCAUGACUUCGAUAUGUGGAUGGCCGCCUUCAGAAAGUUCAUCAACAGCGGUGCCGAGGCAAAGAGGUCGGCAAGCAUCCGUAUGGCGUCUCGCCAGGGUAGCGCCCAUCUCAAUAGAACAGGCAACAUCGUCGAGGAGAUGGCUGCGACGAUCCAAGGUCUCGAUCAGGCUUGCACUGCUCUGUUUGAUCAUGUCGAAUCCGCAGCAAUGAGCAGAGACUCGAGCACCAGUAGUAGCCGUCGUUCCGAGAAGGAACGUUACAAGGAAAAGUUUGCCCUGUUCAAGAAACCUUCUCACUCCGAUUCGUUGAACGUUAGCGCCGACAGUUUACACACUGGCACCGCAGUCUUGCAUGAACGAAUCCGUACUGCACUCGAACAACUCAAAGCUCAACAUGCCGCUCUCUCCAAAAUGCACCAACCUCCCCUAUCACCUGCCCCAGCUCGUAUGCCUCCAGUCCUGGAUGUCGAAGAAGGGGCGCCUCCUCCACCAGUCCCCUCGCCGCUGUCCCCCCGGGCACCCAGCAGGCAUGCACAUAGAAUGUCCCGAAUCUCUGUCGCAGCUUCGUCUCGCAGUGAUAGCAUCCACGAAUGGUACGAUGCCCUGGAUGACGGGCCUGAAGAAUUUGUCAUGGACGAAUCCACCAUGCCCGAGCAACAACCGAGCCAAAUCACCGCUGACUUCCACAGUAUCUCGGGCGAUCAGGAUGGUAGCAGUGUUGACACCGAUAUAGAAGAACCUCCACAGAGUGCGGGCGUCGGCAAUACACAAAUCGCCUACAGGACCCAAUUACCCGUUCCUGCUCCGGCUGACGAGGGCAGUUUGUUCGCGAUCCUCAAGAAGAAUGUUGGAAAGGAUCUCUCCACAAUUACUUUCCCUGUUACUUUCAAUGAACCUCUUACCCUGCUCCAGCGUUCCGCCGAGGAGCUUGAAUACUGGGAUUUAUUGAAUCAAGCGGUUAAAACCGACGAUCCGGUCGCGCGCAUUUCUUAUGUCGCUGCCUUUGCAGUGUCUGGAUACGCCCACACGCGGCACCGGUCAGGGCGCAAGGGAUUCAAUCCAAUGUUGGGAGAAACGUUCGAAGAUGUCCGAAUGAAAUUCAUUGCCGAGAAGGUUCGACACAACCCUGUGGAGAUCGCGUAUCACGCCGAGGGGAAGGACUGGGAUCUUACUGGAUUGUCUGCUGGAAGGACCAAAUUCUGGGGGAAAAGCUUGGAAAUCAUUCCAAGCGGGUCGACAAGAGUUCGCGUUGGUUCGGACUACUAUGUCUGGCGGAAGCCCUCAACCUUCAUCCGAAACCUCAUGGUCGGCACCAAGUACUUUGAACACACAGGGCAGAUGACUAUCGAAAAUGUAACGACGGGGAUGCGGUGUGUCCUUGACUUUAAGCAAAACGGCUACUGGGGUCCCACGAACGUCGUGUCAGGAACUGUUAAUUCGUCAAGUGGAGAGGUGCUUAGCAAAUUGGAAGGAAAAUGGGACGACCAGAUGGCUCAAACCCUCGACGGGGAUCGCUUCCAAGUGCUGUGGAGAUGUUCCGCCUUUCCGAAGAAUUCCCCCGACUAUUAUGGGUUCACAGCCUUUGGUAUUACUCUGAACGAAGUCACUAAAGAUAUCGCUGGCAAACUCCCGCCUACCGACUCGCGCUUACGACCGGACGUCCGGGCCUUGGAGAACGGCGAUCUGGAUGUUGCCGAAGAGGAAAAGUUGAGGGUAGAAGAGUUGCAGAGAGAGCGAAGGAAGCGGGGAGAAGAUGUUCAGCCGAGGUGGUUUAAACAAGCAGGAGAGGAGUGGGAGUAUCUUGGUGGUUACUGGGAAGCGCGGGGUCGUGGGUGGAAAUCAGAGUCCCUCCCACAUUUAUGGUGA